AUGGAUGAGCAGGUCCAGACCAUGAUGAUUUCUCCACACCCGAUCACACUACCAAGUAGACCGACAUGCAGCAACUGUAUCGCGUGGUCUGACGAGCUCGUUGCCGUCGCGGGUGGCGAGGCUGCCCACAUCAUCGACACCACUAAGGACCCCUGGCGCCUCGAGACGAUCCGCGUUAACGAGUUCAACAGAGAUGACUUCGAAGUCGACAUUGCUCCUCAAGUACGGUUCUCGAUCGGCCGUGAGCAGUCCACUUCGACUGUAGUCGCUCUCGCUUGGUCGUCGAAGGGGUUGGGCAUCCACAAGCGCCCUGUCCUCGCCAUCCUCUCUUCCAGCCACGUCUUGUCGUUCUGGGAAUACACAGGCACGAAUGGCACCUGGCGCCGCACCUGCAUCAUCAACAACGUCUCGUUCAGCGGCAGUACUGGCUCGUUCCGCGAACAGGGACGGAGCAUCUAUGCCUUUGUCUGGCUUCCCCCACUCUCUGUGGGAGCAGAAAACGGAGCAUUCGAUGGCCAGUUCUUGGCUCUGAUUGACGGUGACCAAAAUCUCUGGGUGGUCAAGACAUCAAAGAGCGAUCACACCAGCGAAGGCGUGUGGCAGCUCGGCCCUUUAUACCAGCAAUCAAUCACGUUUUCAAAUGAAGGCACCGAUCCUCAACCCUCAAUUGGCUUCCUUGGCGCGGAUGUCCCUACCUUCGACGAGCUACACCAUGAAGAGUGGAAGAACGUCUACGAUGAUCAAGGCAAUGCCAUCAUGUCCCGCAUACGCCUGAUCUUCAGAAAGCAGAAUUACCGUCCAGAUUUCCGCGGUCAUCUCUCAGCAAUGCUUACUGUCGAGCCCGAAGAAGGCAGAUAUGCCCUGAACAGUCGGAUGAGUGGAUUCGCCCAGCUGCAUAUUCCCGACUUCUCCCCCCUAGAUUUUGCGGGUGUCAUUGCAGACCCUGCCAACAGAUACGACAAAGACUUCAAACUCCACGGCCAUUACGCUGUGCGCUGGAUGGGCUUUGCACGAUCACCAGACGAUACCAUGAUGGCAGCAUGCGUCUCCUUCCACCCUUCUGCUGGUCUCGAAUACUCUCAACCCAAAUCCGAGCGGAGCACGCUACUCGUAAUACCCACUGGCACGAUGGCUCCUCCUAAAACCGCCAUCCCUGCUCUCUCCGAUGUGCAGCUUGAGACGCUGCAGACUCUCGCCCAGCAUGUUGACAUAGACUCCAUCACAACAGACACAGAUAUCAAAGUCAUCCUAGUCGCAGUUGCCAUGAUCCACAAGCACUUCUAUACCAACCUCGGCCUUAUGAGUUGGGCGACUUCCGCAUUAGAGCUCGUCAAGCUCGUGGACUCGGAGGAGAACACAUACUUUGAAGGAUCUCCAACCGAGAUCUGCGAGAUCUGCCGUGCAUAUGGUACCGGUACUAUUGCUUUCGGCGACGACACUGCAGUGGGCGUUUGCGAGACAGGUCACAAAUUCACCCGCUGCGGCAUCACGUUUCUCUGCAUCCAGGAUCCUGGCAUCUGCAAGUACUGCACCAAAUGCAGUCGUGCAUUCCUGUGCAUCGAGAAGCUCGAGUCUGAGGACGGCCCAAGCGUCACCAAGACCUUGCUGGAGACCUGUGGCGGCGGUCUGUGUCCCUACUGCCAAGGCUAUUUUCGGGACUGA